AUAAUCAAAAUGUUCACUAAAUUGAUCUGCAUCGCCGCCCUGGCCAUCUCGUGCGUUUGCGCCAAACCGGGAGUCGUCGCUCCGGUUGCCUACUCUGCCCCGUUGUUCGCUGCACCAGCUCCCGCUUUCGCAACUGCUCAGAGCUCUCAGGUCAUCGCUCGUAACUACAACGGAGUCGCUCCUCUGGCUUACACCGCCGCCGUGGCUUCCCCAGUGGCUUAUACUGCUGCUGCCGCUCCUCUGGCCUACACUGCUGCCGCUGCUGCUCCAUUUGCCCGUGGCUUUGCUGCUCCCUACACCGCCCCCUACGCUGCCCCCUACGCCGCCGCUUAUGCCGCUCCCUACGCUGCUCCUUAUGCCGCUCCAUUUGCAUCCCCAUAUGCUGCCUACCCCUAUAGCCAGUAUGUUCUGUAAAUGAUUCGGCUACUAUAAGGAUAUUAUAUUUAUGUGAUACAAUCGACACUUUUUUUGUUACCGUUGCAAAAGAAUGUUCCGAUCCAGGAAAUACAAAUCAUUGUGAGACAAACGAA